CUGGUAAUAUUCGACAUAAUCAGCAUAGUUAUGAUAAUAAUAAUAAUAAAUAAAAAAAGCUGAUGAUGAUGAUGACAGUUGGAUUACUGGGAUUGCGAUAAAUUACCUUCUAUAUACAAACACAUAAAUACAUAUAUUUGCAAUGAUGCUGUAAGGGUUGCGGUGGGGUUGACGAUCUGUUUUAUGUGUGUAUGUAUGUUGGUGGAUCAAGAAGAGGAGGAGGAGGAGGAGGAGGAGGAAGAGAUGCUGGUGGUGGUGGUGCGAGGAUUCACCCUGUACCGGCGCUUCAAACGGCUUCGAAACAGUUCAGUGCGCGACUGGCCAUCGACGUGCUUUCACAACUGGUGGUGCUCCUGGGAUAGUGAUCUUUUUUUAUAUAUAUUUAUUAUAUAAAUAUAUACCUGUCAGUCAACAGAAUUUCGUAAACUUUCGAGGAUGCACUGAACCGACAAAGCUGUAUGAGGACGAGUGCCGAGUGUCCACUCUGAUGGCAAUGGACUCUACUUUACUACUUUUACUACUUAUCACUGAUACCUUUGUAACAGUAUUUGGUCAACAAGGUCCAGUGUUUGUACUAGAGCCACCCAGUACUCUUGUAUUUUCCAACACAACCGGCUCCCAAUUAAGUUGUUCAGCUCAUGGAAGUCCAACGCCUCACGUCACCUGGAUCACCAGUCCUGAUCAGAGAGCAGUCACCGCUGUUCCAGGUCUCAGGCAACUACUGGGUAAUGGGACUCUGUAUUUUCCUCCGUUCCUCGCCCAGGACUUUAGAGCAGAAGUUCACAAUGCAAGGUAUCGAUGUCGAGCGAGUAAUUCCGUCGGCACUGUUCUAUCUCGACAAGUUACUCUCCGAGCUGUUCUCACAGUGCCUGGAUAUGACGUGAGAGUAAACCGAUUGCCGGUUGUUGAAGGCUGCAAUGCCGUGUUGUCUUGUACGGCUAGAGAAGAUGUCAAAGAACACUUGACAGUUACGUCUUGGUAUCGAGACGACGCCAUUUUGUUACCUGGAAGCAUCGAUACAGGCGGAAGGUUUGUGGUAACAUCGCAGGGCGAUCUACACAUUAGAAAUACAAGGGCCGACGACGGAAGGGCACUCUAUUGGUGCCUAACUUUGCAUACCUUAACUGGAGAGCGAAGAAAAAGCGAACACGUAACGCUGACAGUGACGGAACCAAGUGGAUCGAUGCCUCCCAGAUUGAUGCAGCACUCUCAAAUCGCUAUUUCUGCGGAAAGAGGCUCCGAUGUCCAUCUGACCUGUUCUGCCCAGGGAAGUCCUCCCCCUCAAUUCACUUGGUACCGCGAUGUAAACGGACACUCGAUACCGGUGGAAUCGUUUGGGAGAAUCCAACUUUGGGGCGACUUGAUGCAAAUCCGUCGGGUAGAUGCCCAAGACGCCGGAAGGUACAUCUGCCGGGCGAGUAAUAAAUUUGGUGAGCAAAGAGCCGAAACUCAUUUAUCUGUGACGUCGAAGCUAAACGCGAGAAUUCAACCACGGCUUCAAGUUAUUAAUUCUGGAGAAUCAGCAACCAUGAAUUGCACCGUAGAAGGGUAUCCUGUUGAAAGUGUAGAAUGGCUCCACGACGGAGUUCCGGUUCUCAGUUCUCAGGACACCAGAAUACGAUUGCUGGCGCCUCUGGUUCUUGUCGUCGGGUCUGUUGGCCGUAGAGACAAAGGAAUGUACCAGUGUUUGGUUCGAAGCGACAAGGAAAAUGCCCAGGCGACCUCAGAGCUUAAAUUAGGAGACACUAUUCCCGAACUACAGUACACGUUUAUCGAGCAAGCCUUGAGGCCAGGUCCCCCAGUGUCGUUAAGAUGUUCGGCAACGGGGUCACCACCUCCAUCCUUCAUUUGGUUAUUAGACGGUGAACCGUUGAGCGAAAUAGCUCAGGGACACAGAUACGCCAUAGGCCAGUAUGUUGAUCAGUCUGGGGACGUUAUAAGUCACUUGAAUAUCACAUCAGCCGGUGCUGAAGACGGAGGACUGUAUGCGUGUGUAGCUAGAAAUACCCUGGCAGCCGUUGAGCACAAAGCUAGAUUGAACAUAUACGGUCCUCCGUAUAUUCGUUCGAUCGGUCCAGUCCGGGCGAUAGCUGGGAUUGAUACAACAAUAGCCUGUCCUUACUCCGGGUAUCCUAUUACCAGCGUCGAGUGGUCCAGAGGAGGGGUUGAGUUGCCUUUAGAUAUGAGACAUCGCGUUGACACUGAGGGGUACUUAACUAUUGCGACCGUUGAUCCGGAUGAUGCUGGUACCUACACUUGUACUGUUCGCGCAAGUACCGGGGAAACAGCCAGCAGAGAUAUCAAAUUAACUGUCAGCAGUCCUCCGGUAAUGACCCCAUUUACAUUCCCACUGAAUUUACAAGAGGGCAGUCGAGCACAAGUGACAUGUGGUGUUACGUCUGGCGAUUUACCAAUUUAUUUUUCUUGGCUGAAAGACGGAGAGCCACUUCCUUCUUCACUUCGGAUCGAAGAGAGAGGGGCAGAAUUUUUUAGUCUGCUGGUCUUCAAAGAACUUACGUCUAAACACAGCGGAAAGUAUACUUGUGUUGCGACGAAUAAUGCUGCUAAAGUGAAUCAUACUACGGAAUUGUUGGUAAAAGUUCCACCACAAUGGACGUAUGAGCCCCAGGAUGUAGCCAGUCUGCUGGGUAAUCCAUUAAAUGUUCACUGCGAAGCCAAAGGUUUCCCACCACCCCGGAUUACCUGGUUAAAAAGUAGAGGAAGAAAUUCAAAUGACUAUCAGCAGUUGGCUGACAAUUUGGAUAGUAGGAUUAUGAUUCUACCGAAUGGAUCUUUGUGGACUGCCGCAGCGGAGCCUCUAGACGAAGGUCACUAUCUUUGUCGGGCCAACAACGGAAUUGGCUCCGGGCUCAGUAAAGUUAUUUACGUUUCAGUAAAUGAACCAGCGAGAUUUGAAAGCCAGAGUAAGAAUGUUACUAUCAGGCGUGGUGACGCGGUUACACUAGACUGUAUUGUUAUCGGUGACAAUCCGAUAGAAGUACACUGGCUCCACAAUAACGACCGAAUAGACACUAAUAUUCACAGACUGAGUAUCAGUCAAGUUAAAACUGAUACUGGAUUAAAGUCACAAUUGUCGAUUGGGAUCAGCGAUAGGCAGGAUUCCGGAAUUUAUAGAUGUACUGCCGAUAACGCUUACGGAAGAAGUGAACAUCUCAUAUAUUUGGCUGUUCAAGAACGUCCAGACCCACCAACAGCCCUGGAAGUUAUUGAAAUUGGCUCGAGAUCAAUUCGGCUAUCCUGGCGCAAGUCUUUUGAUGGAAAUAGCCCUAUCAGAAACUAUAUUAUUCAGUACAGAGUUUUAAAUCACGGUCCAGUUGAUGAUUGGGAGCCUUCGAAAACACAUAAUGUUACAUUUACCCCCGGUAGUAAUUCCAAUAACAUUGUUAUUAACAGCGGUUCUUCGAUAAAUCAAAAUAAUAAUGGAUUACCCAAAUUCCAAUCAACCUCAUCGCCAUCCACUUACGAAAAUACUGCUACAGAGGAUCAAGAAAUUGCCCUAGUGGGAGGUUUACACCCCGCGGUGACCUACACAUUCAGGAUUAUCGCAAUAAACUCUAUCGACGCCAGUGAGCCUACUGAGCCGCCGGUUGUUGCCAAAACCCAAGAAGAAGCACCCACUGAGUCUCCGCAGAGUGUUAAAGUUCAGUCAGCCGGAUCUGGAGAGCUGAUAGUCACUUGGCAGCCUCCGCCCAAGGAAUCCUGCAAUGGCGAUCUGUUGGGUUAUAUUGUAACCUGGUCAGAGCACUCAUCCGCGACUUCUGGCGUUAAUCAAAGCAAAAGUCUGACUGUAAAUGGCUGGGCUACGACCAAAGUCCAGCUGACUGGUUUGAGAAAAUUCACUAAGUACGAUAUUUCUAUAAAAGCCUUCAAUAGCAUCGCUGCGGGACCUGCUAGCCAGACAAUCGUCGGUACCACCCAAGAAGGAGUUCCAGAGGCACCACCUACCCAAGUCACCUGCUCACCAUUGUCAUCCCAAAGUGUCAAGGUGUCAUGGAGUUCGCCUCCAGCUCAUCAGCAUGGCGGAAUAAUUCAGGGAUACAAAGUGUACUACCGACCAGUACCGACUGACAAUAUGGAAAUAUCGACUGUUGGAGAGGUUAAACGAACCUCAAGUGAAGAAACAUACCUACAUACUUUAUACAAGUACACAAACUACUCCAUAAGAGUGUUGGCCUAUACAGGAGCUGGUGAUGGUGUUUUGAGUUCGCCAAUCUACUGCACAACUGAAGAAGAUGUUCCGGGACCUCCAGCGGGUAUCAAAGCACUAGCUUUGACAGCAGAAAGCAUCCUAGUAUCAUGGCUACCACCUUUGCAGCCAAAUGGGCAAGUAUCGCAGUAUACAAUUUACAGUAGAGAAGCAGGAGCUAGUCGACAUAAUACCCACACGAUGCACGAGCCGCCGUCUUCUCCAACAGACACUCUGACGAUAGAGCUGCGUGGUCUUACCGAAAGCCAACUGUACGAAUUUUGGGUAUCUGCAACGACAGGACUCGGCGAAGGAGAACCAACGACAAUAGUUACUCAGACAACAAACUCCCGAGCACCAGCGCGAGUAGCAUCUUUUUCGCAAUUACUUCGACGAGCAGUUAAAUCCUCAGUGAGUCUUUCCUGUCUGGUUGUAGGAAAUCCAACACCCAAACCAAUUUGGAACUACAAAAACAACCAGGUCACAACAGGACGGCAGUACGAAAUAACCGCUGAAGGGUACUUGAAUAUCCACGGCCUGGACCAGUCUCUUGCCGGGAACUACAGUUGUUCCGCGAGGAAUCUCUUUGGAGAUGACUCGAUAACCUACACCCUGGUUGUUGUCAUGCCCCCUAAGUCUCCGGUCUUGGAACUUCAGUACACCACGACUCACAGCAUUAAAUUACGUUGGAACUCACCGGAAAACGGUGGCGCUACCAUCCAAGGGUACGUUCUGAGCUACAAGCAAGACCAAGGCGGCUGGGAAGAAAUAAUGUUGUCGCCAGAGCAAACUGAAUUUACCCUAAACGGACUUAAAUGUGGCUCCUCGUACCUAUCACACCUAACAGCUCACAAUCGCGUGGGAACUGGGGAUCCAAGUCCGCUUAUCAGCGCAACAACAAAGGGAACUGCGCCUCAACUGCCCAAAGAGCGGGACAUUAUAUCAGCUAAUUCAACUUUUGUAAGGCUUAAUUUGCUGUCGUGGCCCAAUGGGGGCUGUCCGAUUCAUUAUUACACUGUCGAGUACCGCAGACGGAUAAACUCUGAGCCGUGGAUCCUAGUCGCGAGCAAGGCCACCGAGAACUUGAUAAUACGAGAUUUAAAGCCAGCUGCUUGGUACACUUUGCGACUGACUGCUCACAACGAUGCAGGCGCUACCCAGACUAAAAUGGAGUUUGCGACAACAACCCUCAGUGGAAUCAGCAUCGGCCCGCCCAAUGACUUGAUCAUGGACGAAGAGUUGGCCAAAACUCCUCAAGGUCACAGAGUUUUCUACGUUAUUGUCCCGCUGAUCUGUGCCAUUGUUCUGAUAAUCUCCGCUGGGAUUCUUGGGUACGUUAUUAUCAAGAAGAACAGCAGGUCCAGUGGCAGCAGCUACCUUGGUGAGAUUUUGCCACCUGGACAGUCUUCCAGUCAGACUGGCUUGGGGAUAAAUCCUCAGCACCAUCAGUCGCAUCAUCUUCACCACAUGUCCAGCUGCAUGUCCACCGUCCAGCUGAAGUCUACUGCUGAACGUGACAAUAGACGGAACCACCAAGUUUAUACCAGUUCUCCGGUCAAGCAGCAACAACUUCAAUUACAACAACAACAACAACAACAACAACAACAACAGCACCAGCAGCAGGACAAUUUGCAGAAGCCUAUUGAUCAUGCUUCAGAAAUGUACGAAAUCAGCCCGUAUGCGACAUUCAGCGUUCCCGGAAGAGAAAACAGGUCAGUAACGACAGCAACUCUGGACUAUACAAUGCAGUUCAAGACUUUUGGGCACUUGGAGAACGAAGACAUAAACACAAUAGACUACGAGAGGUCGACCAGUGUCGUGGACUUUGAACGGUCUAAAACCCCGAGAUGGCACAAGCAAAGGUACUUUCCGAGCAUUGCCGAAGCCGAGAGCAAACUCCGGGCCUCGAGUCGGGCCGCUGUUACAACAGGUGGCUCUGGGAGUGAUACUUCCGGCAGCCCUUGCGGGGAAUGCGCUGGCCCUAGCUACCGCGUUCCAGUAAAACCUUGCCGAGAUGUGUUUUCAAGAGGAGUAGAAUCGAGUACAGAAUCAAACAAUGAAGGAUCUCCCUCGUUAACGCGACGACCGACGAGAAGUCGGCAACAGUCGAUAAGGUCCACUCGCAGUUCUGUGGAGGACAUGACGCUUUUACCACCCAGUGGUUUUAGCGACAGUCGGGAGCUCAGCGAAGCAGAGUGUGAUCGGGAUCGUGAUUGGCAUCCGAGCUUGUCUAUCGCUACUACACGACACGGUGGAAGUCUUGGAAGACUUCCUAUUGAGGCUGUCGAAACAAUGCUUGCCAGAUACCAGCAAAGAAAAGAACAUGAAAAGCAGGAAUUCACUAUACACGUAUAAUAAUAAUAAUAAUAAUAAUAAUAAUCUCAUCAUCAAAUUAAAGUUAAUUAGUACAAUAGGAAUAGAUUAUUUAAACUAGAAAAUAAUUAAAUAAUAAAUUCGGUCACAGAAUCGCGGGACGAGUAUCAAUGGCCAAUAUUAAUAAACGUGUCUCAAACUAAUUUUAAGAGUUCAUAAUAAUUAUAUUUAAGAAAUUAGUUGAAUAAAAAAAAAAAAAUGGAAGCUUGUCUCGAGUCCCUUGUAAAUACAUUGAUCAUCUCAUAAAUAAAUAAAUAAAUUAAUUAAUAAUUGUAAUAACUGCCACGAAAUAAACAAGACUGCCCUUCUUAUUGUAAUAAUAAUAAUAAUAGUAAUUAAGGUACUAAGACACGAUCAAAUAUGUGUAAAAUAGAUAAACUGUGGGGCAAUAAUUAAUAAUGGAUCAAGUUUUAAUGAAUAAAUUAAAAAAAAAAUCAUGUCAA